AUGUGGGUGUGGUUGUGUUUUGUGAUGGAUGGGGGUGGGUUUUUGGUUUGUGGGUGGUGGUUUUUGUUGGUUGUGGGUGGGGGUUUGGAGUUUUGUUUGGUUUUGGGGGGUGUUGGGUGUGGGGUGGGGGGUGGGUGUUGGGGUGUUUUGGGGGUGGGGGUUGUGGGUGGUGGGGGUGUUGGUGGGGUGUGGUUGUUUAUAUUAGUGAUUGGGAUGUUUUUUUUGAUAUGGUUGGGGGUAGUUGGGGUGAUGUUGAAUGGAGUGGGAUGUGUUUUGUGUUGGGUGUUGUGUUGUUUGGGUUGUUGUGUUUGUGUGGUUGGGGGUGGUUGUGGGUGGGGGGAGGGGGUUGGGGGUGUUUGUGGGUUGGGGGGGUGGGUGGUGGGGGGGGGGGGUGGGGGGGGGGGGGGUUUGUGUUUGGGGGGGGGGGGUGUGGGGGGGGGGGGGGUUGUUGGUUGGGGGGGGUGGGGGUUUGUUUUGGGGGUGGGGGGUUGUGGGUUUGUGGUUGGUAGUGGUUGGGUGAGAUUUUGUUUUGAGGUUUGGGGUUUGGUGUUUGUGUUUUGGUGGUGGGUUGUGGGGUGUGUUGGGUGUGGUGGGUUUGGUUGGGGGGGGGGGGGGGGUUGGGGUUGUUGGUGUUUGUUGGGUUGGUGUUUGUUGGGGUUGGGUUUUUUGGGUUGGAUGUUUUGUUGA